CCGUGGAGUAACGAGACCCCUGUGUGUGAAAAAAAUGUGUUUCCGCAGUGCGUAAAGUGAAAUUUCGACUUCUGGUGACUGAUAGCUGUUCGACGACAUGGAUUCCGACGAGGAAAGCGUGACGUUGGAGCCGCUGAGAGCGACACCGGCGCAGCCGCCACAACAACCGCCCCAACCCCCGGAACCGGUCCAGCCGGUUCCCCCGCAACAACCUCCCUCGCAGCGCUCCACCACCCCCGUCGCGCCCGUCCUCGACCAGCCGGAACCCCUGCAGAAACCCGAGAGCGGCGACCAUGCACCGGAGAACCCAGCGAAGCAGCCCAUACAGCCGACGCCGCCGCCCCCCACGAGGCCGCCGCAGGUCCAGAGGGCCAUAUCCAUGCCCGUGGCCCCCCACGCCCAGGAGAGGACCAGGCCGACGCCGCAGAAACCCGUCGGAUAUUCCCAGAGCGAGCGGCUGCCCAACAGGCCGCCCCUCAACAGGUCGAUGAGCAGGAAGGAGAUCAUCAAGAACUACAUCAAGAAGGAGACGGCCACCUUCUUCGGGGUGGACGAGGAGAGCGAGAACGAGCAGCAGCUCAGGUGGCUGGACAGGCGGAAAAGGAUGGCGUCCAGGACGAUGGGACCCCUCAAGGAGGAAUACAGGACCCUGAGCGGCCGAUCCCAUCGCAGGACGGCCUCCGAAAUGACCUCGAGCCCGAUGUCCGGCCAGCUGACGACGGAGAGGCCUGACGUGCUUCCGGGACCCAGCGACGUCGCCGACGGCGCCCAGGAGCAGUACGGCGGCGUGUCCAUCAGGAGGAAGGACUCAGUGGCGAGGAUGACCUGGGACGGAUUGUCCUACGUCGUCACGACCUUGACCCGCCACAGGCCUAGACCGAGAUCCCAGCAGUCCCAGUGGUCCCGGAGCUACCAGCCGGACACGCCAAGCGUAGUCUCUCCGGGGGAAGAACAGGCCUUCUUCGAGAGAUCCUCCAUUCCCGCGUCCCCUAGGACUCCAGAAGGGGGCGACACCAUCGAUAGGGGCAUCGAGGCCAUCCAACCCGCCUACAGGGACAGUAGAGAUAGGGAGAGGUACAGCAGGCCUCCUUCUGGAGUAUGGAGAAGGGAGCACGAGGAUGUGGUGUUGAGGCACGGCGAGAACAGACCCAGUAUAGGACGGUCCAGGAUAUUGUCUAACACCUUGGACCGUGUCCUGGAUAAUUCGGAUAGGAGGCAGUAUGGAAUGGGAUGGGUUGGGCGAGUGUUUGGUCGUUCCUUCAGAAAAUCAGUAACUCAGGAUGCUAAAAUCCAAGAACAACUAGACGACAUGGAAGACCAUCGACCCAUGUUCACUUACUGGGUGACCACGGUACAAAUCCUUGUGCUCUUCAUCUCCAUAAUCUGCUACGGUUUCGGGCCCUUUGGUGUCGACUUACAGACGAGAUCGGGCCAAGUCCUGGUCACCAGCCUGUCUUUGCAGCAGGUGGAUUACAUGGAACCAGCAAAUUUCUGGUUUGGUCCGAGAGCCGGCGACUUGAUCCAUCUAGGAGCAAAGUUCGCACCCUGUAUGCGAGUCGACAAUAAAAUCAAGAAAGAAAUUGACAAGAUUCAGGCUAAGGAGCGCGAGACGGCUUGUUGCAUCAGGAACGACGAUUCGGGGUGCGUCCAAUCUUCGCAGGCGGAUUGUUCGAAAACAAUAUCGACAUGGAAGAAAUGGACAAAUGGAGACUCCGGACCAGGAGGCAGAAUUUCUGGCUCAGUAUGUGGCCUAGACCCAAAAUUUUGCGAUGCUCCCGCCAGCGUACACCCCUACGAAUGGCCUGACGAUAUAACGAAGUGGCCGAUAUGUCGCAAAACAAACACCCAGUUUUCCAUACAGAAGAAUGGGCCGAGAGACAAACUGGCGGAGCACAUGGUGUGCGAGGUGAUCGGGCACCCGUGCUGCAUCGGAAUACACGGGCAAUGCAAGAUCACCACCAAGGAGUACUGCGAUUUCGUCAGGGGGACUUUCCACGAGGAGGCUUCUCUUUGUUCACAGGUUUCAUGUCUCAACGAUGUGUGCGGUAUGCUGCCGUUCUACUUCCCAGAGACGCCCGACCAGUUCUACAGGCUGUGGACAUCGCUAUUUCUGCACGCCGGCGUCCUACAGCUGAUCAUAACCGUACUUAUCCAACACUUUCUUAUGAGAGACCUCGAGAAAUUGACUGGUAGUUUAAGGAUAGGAAUCAUCUACAUCGGAUCGGGUGUCGCGGGCAACCUGGCCAGCGCUAUAUUUGUACCUUAUCGAGCUGACGUGGGCCCCGCGGGAUCGCAGUUUGGUCUCCUGGCCUGCCUAAUAGUGGAGGUCCUGAACGCCUGGCCGAUGCUGAAGCACCCCAAACAGGCUCUGUGUAAACUCCUCUCCAUCACCCUGUUCCUGUUCAUUUUGGGCCUCCUCCCUUGGGUGGACAACUACGCCCACCUGUUCGGUUUCGUGUUCGGCUUCCUCCUGUCGUACGCCCUGUUACCGUUCAUCUCAUUCGGGAACUACGACAGGCACAAGAAGGUGUUCAUGAUAUGGGUGUGUCUCGCGACGGCCUGGAUACUGUUCAUCUGCCUGGUACUGCUCUUCUACAUAAUACCCGUGUACGACUGCAAGGUCUGCUCGUACUUAAACUGCCUCCCUCUCACGAGGGAGUUCUGCGCCAGUCAAAAUAUUAAUUUUAAAAGGGAGGAGCCCAUAGUAUGACAAAAGAGUAAACGGUUUCUGACCGUGAUUUUCGUUGGUUUUAUUUAUUUCGACUAUGUCGGGUUGUUUUUCCAAAAUUGUUAACCUGGUUCAUCCGAUUAUUUAAUAAAUGGUUAUUUUUAAGGCGUUUAUUCUUUGUUUUUCCCCGAACAAAUUAAUCGUACCUAACGACCUUCGCCGCAGAGAGGUAAACGAGACUGGGGAAAAUAUAUUUGUGGAGGUAUGGUGUUUGAAACGAUAUUAUUAGUUUUGUGAUAAAAAAAUUUAACAACAGACUCUCUAAACAUCCAUGUAAAUUCUUAACAAAACAGUGUUAAAGACGGACAUAAACCAUUUAAAAAACAUGUGAUAAUGACGAUAUCUCGGUAAUGCAUAGGACACCUAAUAUUUAUAUAAGAAAUAUGUGCAAUGAAUAUUCGUUUUUGUUGGCAACGAAAAAAAAGGCUACAAUGAACUUUUUUUGCUGAGAAACGCUUGGUUAAAGUACCCUGACAGAUAAUAUUUUUAGCUUCGAACCCAUUUGUAAAAUCGAUAGGACAUGCCAGUACAACGAAACAAUACGUGCCAUUACACUCGCGAACCUGCAUUUCAAAUUAUAACUAACGUUUCUUUGCUCACUAGUCCCUUCGAUAUCACGCAGGGCGUAAUUAAAGUACUUGGUCGAACUUAACGACCGAUUGUAUGUCACAAAUCAACAAAAAAAAAAGUUCCUAUAAAUGUGUCGUUUGCGAGAUACGAGGUGUUAAAAUUUGAAAAAAAAGUAGGUUUUUUAAUAAUUAUAAAAAAAAUAAACGAGUACAUUCAAAUUGUUUUAAUUUUUGAUUGCCCAUGAAGUCUAGGUAAUUAUCGCUAAAAGUAACAAAACGUCACACUAUUUCUUAGAGAUGGGCACUUUUCGGAAAAGUAUGUUACAGACAUGUCGAUGAAAUGUCCGGACAUGUCGGGAAAAGUACUUUUGACCAUGAAUCUAAUAAGGCACCUAUGAGUGACGUCAUGUGUUCACAGGUCACUACUUGAGGGUACAAAAAAGCAAAAUUUACUUUUAAUGAAUAUAUGUCGAAAUAUUUUACUUAUUACCUACCUUUAGACUUAUAAAUUGGUUUCUAAUUUUCCCCGGGCAACCAAUACACUUAUUUAAAUGUUUUUCCAUCCUGGAAUUCUUAAAAAUUGUUUUUGA